AUGGAGCCCCUGAACCCGGCCAAAGGGGCUGUACAAGGACCAACCCUCAUCGACCUCAUUCGGAAUGCCGCUGGGUCUACAUCUCAAUCAAUCAUAGCCUAUGGAGCAGAAGAGACAGUUGGAGAUCUCGUGCCGACAGUCGUGUCAUAUUCAGACUUGCCCUGUCUGGCUCGUGCAAAUGCUCAGAUUCUCCUUCGGCUGUGCCCGCCAUCCGUUGGCAUCGGCGGAGAACACCUUGUUGAUUUGCUGUGCCUCGACAACAUCCUGGACACCAUCAUCUGGUUUUGGUCGACUGUAAUCGCAGGGCUAUUGCCAGCAAUUUCAACCACUUCGAUUCUUGAGCCCGGUCGAUCAGAGUACCUCUCAUAUCUCCCCAUCUUGUUGAAGGAUCCGCUCUGCAUAGUACCUCAGUCGCUUUCAGGCUCAUACUGUUUGCAAGACUUUGCCAAGAAUUCUUCUGCUUCCGACCCGGCGGUUCUCAUUCUGACAUCAGGUACGACUGGGAGAGCCAAGGCGGUACAACUCAGCCAUGAUCAAAUACUGGCUUCGCUAGAAGGCAAACCCAAGUCUGCAGGACCACACAGCGGCGGUCCCUACCUCAACUGGAUCGUCAUGGACCACGUAGCGUGCCUGACCGAGAAUCAUCUCCUCGCGAUGUACAUGGGUUUCUUCCAAGUGCAUCUCCCCGCGGACGAGGUGCUGUCCAACCCUGUGUAG